GUCGCGGCGUGAGGCUGAACCACGCUCUCACAACCAAGACCAGCCACGGGGAAUCAGACAGGCACAAGUUCAAGAAGCCCAGAACCUUUGUAGCCGGCUUCAAGGACACGACCAAGUGAAGAGCCGCUGGAGCAUACUGCUGUUCUUCUUCUUCUUCUUCUUCUUUUUGUAUUGCCCUCCCUCCCUCAUUUAUUCUUCUUCUGCAACACAUGGCAGAGGUUCUCUUGAGAGGAGCCGAGAAGAAGAGGACAAAGUUCUGUGGAGCGCCGGCUGAGGAGCGAACCCACCGGAGGAGGAAUUAAUAAGAUCCCCUUGAUUUUUUUUUCUUUUUUCUACUUCUUCUUCUUCUUCACAUUUAAAGAAUGAGAUCUCAAUGAUAAAACCAGUUGGAAUAUGGGACUUUUAAUAUUUGCUUUGGACCAUGGGGACAGGCCACUAUGUGUUUGUGCUCAGCUCUGGGUCAUUUUGAUAACCCUUGCAGGGAAAAUCUUUCCAACCACCUCGAACGCCUUCCUCAGCUCCUCGGCGAUGACGGCCAGCCCCUCACCGCCCAACGUGUACCUGCCCGCCAACUUCAAGAUGUCCAACGCACAGCUGGCGUUCUUCUUACGAGAGGUGCAGACCACAGGACCAUCGGUUGGCGGUGGCGGUGGCGGCGGUAGGAGCAGCAGUGGCCCCAGCGCUGGACACCCGCUGCAGCGAGCUGAGAGUUUUGUGGUUUUCCAGACUAAAGACCUCCCUGCCAUCAACAUAACCUUUGGGCCUUACGCCAGCGACCAGGCCCUCACCAAGGAGUUGCUCCAGCCAGCUAGUCCUCUGGAUAUCCCCGGGCAGCUGACGGUCAACUGGAAGGUGCGGGCCUUCAUCGUCCAGGCCCGGGUCUUCUCCAACAACCCCACGGUCCAGGUGUUCUUCUACAUCGCAGGCCGCGACUGGGACGACUUCAAGGCUGAGGACAAGAUGCCCUGCGUCCGUCUGCACGCCUUCCGGGACGUCCGUGAAAUUAAAACCUCCUGCCGCAUGAAAGGCAACCUGGCCCAGUGCUUGGCUCAGCUGGAUCUGCCUCCGUCCUGGUUUAACACCAACGUGGCCCCACUGGGCAGGAGGAAAGGCUCUGGUGACGGGCUCCUGGACGGGCUCACCAGUGAGACCCUCCAGGCCGAGCUCUACUACACUCUCCACGAGCCCAAUCUGGAAGGGGAGUGCAGUGAGGGUUCGGGUCACAGGGGUGGCGGGGCUUCCAGGGGAGAACCUCUGUCACAGCACCCCCUGCUGCGCAUUGGGAGCAUCAGCUUGUACCAGGCCAGUCAGGAGCAGCUGCUGGUGGACAAGCAGCUGGACAAGAACAUGUUCCUCAGGCUGCCGGAGAAGCCCCUGAAACCCGGAGAGACCCUGAAGAUCUUCCUCUACCUGAUGCCCAACUCCACCGUGGAGCAGUUCAGCCUCAAGGUCAAAGCAAAGAAGGGGGUGAACCUGCUCCAGACCAGGUCCAAGAACGCCCAGUGGAAGGUGGACUGGGAGGUGCAGUCCGGCGCCAAGCACUCCAUCGCCACCAUCGAGGUCGGUCGUGCACCGACUCCUCUUCUUCCUCAGGACGUGCUGGGCAACGUGGAGGUGAUGCAGCUGGAUUUCGAGAUGGAGAACUUCACCAGCCUGUCGGUGACGCGGAGGAUCAACUGGAACAUCGACUACAAGGGGCAGAACCCGCCGCCCGACUCGGACAAGGUGGUGACGGAGCUGACGGUGGUGCAGCGGGACAUCCAGGCCAUCAUCCCUCUGGCCAUGGACACUGAGAUCAUCAACACAGCCAUCCUGACCGGACGCACCGUGGCCAUCCCGGUGAAGAUGGUCUCCAUUGAGAUGAACGGAGCCGUCACGGACGUGUCCUCCUCCGUUCAGUGCAAGUCCUCCAACGAAGACAUCGUGAAGGUGUCCAUGAAUUGCGACUACGUGUUCGUGAACGGGAAGGAGACGCGGGGCUCCAUGAACGCCAGGGUCAUCUUCAGCUACGAGCACCUGAGCGCCCCGCUGGAGCUGACGGUGUGGGUGCCCAAGCUGCCGCUGCAGGUGGAGCUGUCCGACAGCAACCUGAGCUUCAUCAAGGGCUGGAGGGUCCCCAUCCUGCCCGACAGAAGGAGCACCAGAGACAGCGACGCGGACGAGGACGAGGACGAGCGGCGGGUGAGCCGCGGCUGCACGCUGCAGUACCAGCGCGCCCUGGUCAAGGUGCUCACCCAGUUCCACACCACCUCCACGGAGGGAACCGACCAGGUCAUCACCAUGCUGGGGCCCGACUGGCAGGUGGACGUCACCGACCUGGUCCAGGACUCCCUGAAGGUGGCCGACCCCAGGAUAGCAGAGCUGGUGGACAGGACCAUCCUGGUGGGCCUGGAGCUGGGAUCCACCACGCUGAAGGUGGAGUCUCCGCUGGCGGUGGACGCGGUGCUGGGAGAGUCUGCGUUCUCCGUCACCGAUGACAAGGUGUCCAUCACCGAGAUGCGGGUCCACGCCGUCUCGGGCCUGACCCUGUCCCUGCAGCCCAGCCCCGGAAACAGCCACACCAUGGUGGCAAAGGCGACCGGCGUCCAGACGCUCACCGCUCCCAAACAGGAAGCCAGUUUCUCGAUCUGGAUGCUUUUCAGCGACAACACAGCCGCCACCCUGACCUACUUCGAUCCCAAAGACUACACCCUCAACGCCUCCACGCUGGACGACAAGGUGGUGUCCGUGUCCCAGGAGCCUCAGCAGCGCUGGCCCGUGGUGGUGGCGGAGGGCGAGGGGUCCGGAGAGCUGGUUCGCGUGGAGAUGACCAUCGGCGAGGCGUGUCAGAAGACCAAGCGCAAGAGCAUCAUCGCCUCCGCCGGAGUGUACGCCAAGGUCCGGUUCGGCCCGGAGGAAGACUCCGAGGAAGAGGUGACCACAGAGGGCGAGAUGGAGCUGGUGCCCGUCACCAGACGCACCAUCAUCGAUCCCAGCAUCAACGGGAGGGUUUACGAGACGUCCAAUGAGCAGCCUGCCAGCGUUCCCAUCGAUUACACCAACUUCCCCACGAUCAGCAACGAGGAGCAACCGACCGAGAGCGACGAAGAGGAGGAAGACGACUUCGUGCAUUCACCGCGCAACAUGACCGACCUCGAGAUCGGCAUGUACGCGUUACUGGGAGUCUUCUGCCUGGCCAUCUUGGUCUUCCUCAUCAACUGCAUCGUCUUUGUGCUGAAAUACCGACACAAGCGGAUCCCACCAGAGGGUCAGGCCAACAUGGACCACUCCCACCACUGGGUGUUCCUGGGAAACGGCCAACCCCUGAGGGCCCAGUGCGAGCUCUCCCCACAGCAGAUAGAGAGUCCCAGUAACCCUCUGGAGGGCGUACAGACUUGCUGUCACGGGGACCACCACAGCAGCGGCAGCUCCCAGACCAGCGUCCAGAGCCAGGUGCACGGGCGAGGCGACGGCAGCUCCGGCGGCUCCACGAAGGAGAACAGCGAGGACGCCAGCUCCCCCACCUCCAAGCGCAAGAGGGUGAAGUUCACCACCUUCACCACCCUGCCCACGGAGGAGCUGCCCUACAACUCCAUCCCCAUCGCGGACGAGGAGGACAUUCAGUGGGUCUGCCAAGAUAUGGGCUUUCAAGACCCAGAGGAACUGCACGACUACAUGCGCAGAAUAAAGGAGAUCGCCUGAGAGACGCGGUGUGAGGCACCGCUCCCGGCUUUCUACAGAAACCUUACUUUCUAUUUUUCUCUUUUUCACCUACGUGAAAGGUAAUUUUUCACAAACUAAAAAGGCCAAUUGUUGUUUCGGUUCCGGUCUGUUCCAUUUAGUUUGCACAGUGCUGUGAUCUCAUACACGCUCACACCGGAGAGGACGGAGGAGGACGAGGACGAAGCCAAAGACUUGAAACCACAGGAUCUCCAUCACGAGAGACAUCUGUAGAAUUGUGGCUAACGGGAAAUAUGUGUUUCACUGGGGGAAGCCGAGCCGUGGCCGGACGUGAGAGCUGCUCCGGGAUCAGUUUGGGAGACGUGGAGGUUUUAGUCUGAGCAGAAACUGUACCGACGCCAAACUCAGAGGCCUUCGAGGAACAGGAAACUGUCAAAGACUCUCGUGAAAGUUUAAAAAAAGAUUAAAAAAAAAAUCAUUUUUGUUUUUUUGCCAAAGUAGGAAAAACUUGUUCUCUUGACGGCAAAACUUGUUUGGUUGUUGUUCUCGGUGCAGCUCACUCCUGGUUCGUACUCAUGGUCAUUCUUUAGAUUUUUCUACAUUUCAUAGGUCGUCUCAAAACGGUGCCCGACAUCUAGUCCUCCUGGUCCCCCAUCGAAAUCUA